AUGAAGCUGCUCGGUCUUGUUGGGGUGGUUAGUGCUUCGUUGCUCAUUGCGAAUGCGGGCUCUGUUGGUGUUGAUGCCGAGCCGCCAGCUGUUAAUAGCAGUGUUGUGCAACGGCAUAUGUUGGCUCGAGAUGCGAUGGUUAAUUUGGAGAAGAGACAGCGGCAAGAUUACACCUUCAAGCAGAACCUGUCGCCUACGGCCCAAAAGGCCGACGCAAUUACCAGGGCAAUCCGCCAGGAAGAAAUCGAGGAGUACUGGAGAAAGCCCGCAGCCGUGGGCGAUGAGGAGAAUGAGAGGUUUGCAGGGGAGAUGUUCCCCAAGGCUAGGCCGUUGAUGCUUUCCACGAAGCUGUGGAAGAUCGUCAGGCGCAUGCCCAAGGGAGCACUGCUUCAUUCUCAUCUGUAUUCCAUGCUUCCAUUUAGGGCUCUCCUUGAUGCGGCUUUUGAUACGCCAGGCAUGGCGGUGUCUGCUUCGCAGGCUGUCUCGACUGCCGACAGCCAGAAAAAUGCAUCUAUCAGCUUUGUCCACAUCAACCACACGGUUUCUUCAGGGGAGCCAUCGAUCAGCUCUGAUGGUUAUGUUUCCAACACGCUGGUUCCCCUCAAUGUGGCUGCUGCGGAAUUCCCUGGUGGAAGAGAGAACUUCACCGACUUCCUCAUGACCAAGCUGGCCCUCACGCCGCAGGAGUCUAUUCGUCAUGAGCUGGGUGUAGAUGAGGUGUGGAGGGUGUUUGAGAACUUUUUUGGUCCGGCGAUAGAUCUCCUUUCGUACGAGCCUCUCGUGAGAACUUUCUACAAGAAGCUCUUCGCGAGGCUGGUGGAAGACCACAUAAACUGGGUGGAGAUCCGUACUGGCGCUGGGUAUUUGGUCCAUGAGGGUCAGGAAGCUCAAGAUAAUAACCCUGAUUACUGGUGGGAUGUUCUGGUUGAUGAGCUGAAUCAGUUCAAGAACUCUGAGAACGGGACCAACUUCUGGGGUGCGAGAGUCAUCUGGGCUGAUACUCGGAGUUUCAACCGAUCCUCGAUCACUCAGAGUAUGAAACAAGCCAUCGGGAGAAAGCAAAAAUUCCCCGAGCUGUUCGGUGGCUAUGAUCUGGUCGGACAAGAAGACCUCGGCCAUUCACUCGCCUAUCACGCCCCCGAACUCAUCUGGUUCCAAGAACAGACGGAGAAGCUGAAUCUCACCGUUCCCUUCUUCUUCCAUGCCGGAGAAACCCUCGGAGACGGUAACUCGACCGAUCUUAACCUCUUCGACGCCAUUCUCUUCAACAGUAGACGUAUCGGCCAUGGAUUCUCACUGUACAAACACCCCAAGUUGAUCGAUGAGGUCGUCGACAACGGCAUCAUGGUGGAAGUCUGUCCCAUCUCCAACGAAGUCCUCCGUCUCAACACGGAUAUUCUGCACCACCCACUACCCGCUAUGAUUGCCCACGGUAUCCCCACUGCAAUCAGCAACGACGAUCCCGCCAUGCUCGGACAGAAUGCCCCAGGUCUGAGCUUCGACUUUUACGAAGCCAUCCAGGGUUUCGAUAACCUCGGUCUGGGUGGAUUGGGCGCCUUGGCACACAACAGUCUCCGCUGGGCCAACUUCGAAGACCAGUCCGACGCAGACUGGAUCCGGGACAUUGACCUCAGCGAACGCGGAACCGGCACCAAGGCCAAGUACAUUCAGAGCUGGAACAAGCAGUGGGAGGAGUUUUGCGAGUGGAUCGUGAAUGAGUAUGGGGAUGAAUAUUCGACGGAAUAA